CGGAGAGUGAGGUGGCGCCGGGGGCGGCGCGAGGGUAGCAGACAGCGAGCGGCGGCCGGGUGUGCCAGCCUCCUGCGGGUGUCGUCGCGAAGAAGAAAUGAUGUAAUACAUUCAUUACCCCACUUCCAGUGAGCCUGAGAAGAGGGCAGGAGGACAUGGCCUGGCCACGGGCUCUCCAGAGAGGGGCUUUGCUUACCCGGUUCAGCCACCACCAUGUUGUUGUGUUCCUGCUCACUUUCUUCAGUUAUUCAUUGCUCCAUGCUUCAAGAAAAACAUUUAGCAAUGUCAAGGUCAGUGUCUCCAAGCAGUGGACCCCAAGUGCUUAUAACACAUCAGUUGAACUACCUGUAGAGAUUUGGAGCACCAACCAUUUGUUUCCCAAUACAGAGGAAGCCACUCUUUUCCUCGGAACGCUGGAUACUAUUUUCCUCUUUUCUUAUGCCGUGGGCCUCUUCAUCAGUGGCAUCAUUGGGGAUCGGCUGAAUUUACGAUGGGUUCUAUCUUUUGGCAUGUGCUCGUCUGCAUUAGUGGUGUUUGUGUUUGGCACCCUCACAGAAUGGCUGCACUUCUACAACAAAUGGUUCUACUGCUGCCUGUGGAUUGUGAACGGCCUGCUGCAGUCCACGGGCUGGCCCUGUGUGGUGGCUGUGAUGGGCAACUGGUUUGGCAAAGCUGGCCGGGGUGUCGUUUUUGGUCUCUGGAGUGCCUGUGCCUCAGUGGGCAAUAUUUUGGGAGCAUGCCUAGCAUCAUCUGUUCUGCAGUAUGGAUAUGAGUAUGCCUUUCUGGUGACCGCGUCUGUGCAGUUCGCUGGUGGGAUCGCCAUCUUCUUUGGACUCCUAGUGUCACCAGAGGAAAUUGGUCUCACGGGUCUGGAGGCAGAAGGAAACUUUGAAGAUUCACACAGGCCACUAAUCAAUGAUGCUGAGAAUGAAGAUGAAUAUGAGCCAAAUUACUCAGUCCAGGAGGACAACCCUGUUACUCAAGUGAAGGCAAUAGGCUUUCACCAGGCUUGCUGCCUUCCUGGAGUCAUACCGUACUCAUUGGCCUACGCUUGCCUGAAGCUGGUGAAUUACUCCUUCUUCUUCUGGCUGCCCUUUUAUCUGAGUAACAACUUCAGAUGGAAAGAAGCAGAGGCUGACCAGUUGUCAAUCUGGUAUGAUGUUGGCGGAAUCAUAGGAGGAACUCUUCAAGGCUUCAUCUCUGAUGUGCUGCAGAGGAGAGCACCCGUGCUGGCCCUCAGCCUGCUCCUGGCCAUCGGGUCCCUGGUUGGGUAUAGCCGGUCUCCGAAUGAUAAGUCCAUCAACGCACUUCUGAUGACCGCCACAGGGUUUUUUAUCGGUGGACCUUCUAACAUGAUUAGCUCAGCCAUUUCUGCAGACCUAGGUCGCCAGGAGCUGAUUCAAGGGAGCAGCGAGGCAUUGGCCACUGUCACGGGGAUUGUGGAUGGGACCGGGAGCAUUGGCGCCGCUGUGGGCCAGUAUUUGGUGUCUUUGAUCCAGGACAACCUAGGAUGGAUGUGGGUUUUCUACUUUUUCAUUCUCAUGACAAGUUGUACAAUUCUGUUUAUCUCGCCAUUAAUAGCUAGAGAGAUGUGCUCUCUGGUGCGGAGGGGACGAGCUCGCAUGCUGAGCGAGUGACUGGCGCCGGAGGCGGCGGCGAGGACCACGGCGGCGCGCACGCGCGCAGGAGGACUGCUCAUUGGGUCUUUAGCUCCCUGUCUGAGGGUUCAGGGCACCCGCAGGAGCCGGCUUUCUGCAGCCUCGCCAGCUGCCGAGACGCCUCCGGUAGAGGAGGCCGUGCUAUUUUUCUACACUACAGGAAUGAUUGGCGAUUUCUUUUUACUGUUGUUCUGUGAAUGUACUGAAUGGCAUAUGGACCCGCAGGCAGCCUUUGGUCGCCUGGUGAGGUUUAUCCCUCUUGCCUUAGAUACUGUGUCGGCCCUGGACCAUGUUCUCCAGCCUUACGAGUUGCGUGAACGGAAGGCAGAGCCGGGAGGAGGGAGGGAUCCAUUGCGUUUUGCUUUGGCGCCCAUGCCGGGAGUGGGGUCGCUUUGGAAUAGCGAAGAGCGCCUGCUGGAGGAGCCACGAGCUGGGCACCGGAUGAGCUGGGCACCGGAUGGGCGUCUGAGACCGCACGCCUGCUGCGUGGCGCACCGCAGUCCUUUACUCCAGAAGCUCUUGGCUGCUUGCUCUCUUCCCACUUCACACGGGGACUCUGAGGGGUGGAGCCGUCGUCUCCCUUUCAAGGACAGAUAUCAUGAACAUUCCAGCUGGGACUUCCUCUCAAGCCACAGGCUGGGAGUGGUAGCGACCUCUGAGAUCCUCCGCUUAGUUGGCUCUUAGAGGAUUGCUCCGGGUUCCAGGACGUAACUCAGCAGACUAGAAUUAGUGUGCCCUCAAGUCAUGUGAAUGGGUUGAUGGUUGCCCGGCCUUGGGCCCUGUCCUCUUAGGAGAUGGUGGUGUAAAUGUCUGCUAGGCUGUCCUUUCUAUAUUAAUCAAUGUUGUAAGGUCGUUCUGUAUAUUUUAAAUUAUAUAAGCAAAUGAGGAAGUUGUGCAAUUUUGAGAGAUUCCUAAUUUGCAUUGGGUAGGGAAUAUUUUUUUUCAACCUCUGGCUUUAUAUUUCACAAUGUGGUGCAUUGAUGAACUUGUUAAUGUUAUUGAAUCAUGCAGAUUAAAUAUAAUCAUGCUGUUGUUCAUUUACUGACAUAAAGGGAAAGUAAACACAGGAAGGGAAAAUAAACUGACUUUU